UUGUGUCAUGUAGAGGUGGAAAUCGAGAUGGCUCCUUCAGGAAGUCCAAAGCCGGGAAACUGUGAAACUGGGAUCAUCCGCAGAACCGUGAAGUAUUCUGAGACGGACCUGGACUCUGUUCCCUUGAGGUGCUACCAUGAGACCAACAUUGAUGAUAUUUUGGCUGAGAAAGACGAAGUGGAUUCUGCCAUCGAGAGCCAGAAGGACAGUGAGAGCAACCAGAGCCUCACAGGAACCUUGGGGAAAGGGAGUGCUGUUCCUGGGAACCCCUUCACCGAGCACACUCAGGAGGAAGAGGGCAAGUGGCUGAGAAAUGGGAUGCAGACCAAGGAAGAUGAUGAGGUGUUUGAAGCCAUCCCACAGCAGCCGGAGAGGAUCGUGGACAGAGAUGCCCAAGGGCUACUUAAGUCUCCCGUGCCCUUCCUUCUGGGCCACAGCCUAUCCAAAGAUGGCAUGGAUUCCUUCAGCAAACACUUUGAGAGCAUCAUGGAGUCCCACCGAGCCAAAGGCACCUCCUACACCAGCCUGGAUUCCAUCGACAUCCUGUCCUCCCCUGUUCACGCCAACACUGGCACUUACUUCACCUUUGACCUCCCGACCCUUACCCCAGGUAUGCAAGAGCAGAUUCGAGACAGUGCCAAGCUCAUAGAGCAGAACUUUGCCCCUCUGGCCCUCCUGGAGCCAGACUCCGGAACGAGUUCUGCCACAGACGUCCCCUGGACUGAGCGAGAAGAGGACCCCCAGCAUGACCCCCAGAAGAGCCCUUCCCACUCGGAGGACAGCUUGGGGAUUCCCCUGGCCUCCAUCCUCAGUGACCACCCUCUCAGUCAGCUGGUCUCUGACUCGGACUCUGAGAUGGACAGCACGGAGCAGCUGGCUCUUGGGAGCACUGACACCCUCUCCAAUGGGCACAAGGCAGACCUGGAGGCUGCAAAACGCCUGGCAAAGCGCCUCUACAACCUGGAUGGCUUCAGGAAGGCAGAUGUGGCCCGCCACCUGGGGAAGAAUAAUGAUUUCAGUAAGAUGGUCGCUGGGGAGUACCUGAAGUUCUUUGAGUUCACUGGCAUGACUCUGGACCAGGCUCUUAGGUCCUUUCUGAAGGAACUGGCCCUCAUGGGUGAGACUCAGGAGCGGGAACGAGUCUUGGCUCACUUUUCUCAGCGCUAUUAUGAAUGCAACCCUAAAGCCAUCUCUUCGGAGGAUGGAGUUCACACUCUGACCUGCGCUCUGAUGCUCUUAAACACGGACCUUCAUGGACAUAACAUCGGAAAGAGAAUGUCCUGCCCAGAUUUCAUCGGGAACCUUGAGGGACUCAAUGGAGGCAGUGAUUUCCCCCGGGAUCUGCUCAAGGCUCUGUAUAGCUCCAUCAAGAACGAGAAGCUGCAGUGGGCCAUAGACGAAGAAGAGCUGCGCAAGUCCCUUUCUGAGCUGGCCGAUCCCCACCCCAAGCCCCUCAAGCGCAUCAGCAGCGGCGGGAACCCUUUCCUCGACUUCUCCCAGGACCCCAGCGUUGCCACCCACAAGCAUGGCCUCCUGGUGCGCAAGAGCCAUGCGGAGCCCGACUGCAAAAAAACCCCCCGAGGGAAGCGGGGAUGGAAGACCUUCCACGGGAUCCUGAAGGGUAUGAUCCUGUAUCUGCAGAAGGAGGAGUACAAGCCCGGCAAGGCCCUGGCAGAAGAGGAGCUGAAGAACGCCAUCAGCAUCCACCACUGCUUGGCCACACAAGCCUCCGACUACAGCAAGAGGCCCAACGUCUUCUACCUCAGGACAGCCGACUGGAGGGUCUUCCUCUUCCAGGCCCAGAACACGGAGCAAAUGCACUCCUGGAUCACGCGCAUCAAUGUGGUGGCUGCCAUGUUUUCUGCCCCGCCCUUCCCAGCUGCCAUUGGAUCCCAGAAGAAAUUCAGCCGCCCGCUCCUGCCCAGCUCCACCACGCGGCUCUCCCAGGAGGAGCAGCUGAAAAGCCAUGAAACCAAAUUCAAAGCUAUGGCAGCCGAACUGCUGGAGCACCGCGCCUCCCUGCCCGAGAGGAAGGUCAAGGGCAAGGAGUAUGAGGAGCUGAAGCAAAAGGAGGAAUACCUGGCCUUUGAGAAAUCGCGCUACAGCAUCUACGCCACUUUAAUGCGUGCCAAGCUAAAGACCGGCUCUGAAGACCUGGCGGCACUGGAAGCCGCUCUCUUCAGCACUGCCACGAGCACUGAGGGCCGCCUCCAGAACUCGCAGUCCAACCUUUCUGUCCACCAGGAGCCAGCCAGCACAGACCACCGGGUCAAGCGCAACCACCAACAAGCCACCAGCAGCCUGCAGAAGUCCUAGAAGGAGCCAGGAGCCCCCCA